AAUAAGUGUAGCACCGGUUGUGGACACGGAGGACACAUGGGCAUCUUCUCCCGACGACACCCGAAACGACGAGUCGUAAAAGUCAAGACGCUUCCUCGACGGUCGUGAACACCGCACGGGGGUGGUCGCCUCCUCCUCCUCCUCAUGGACGCGCCCUUCGCCGCCCGGCGCCCGCCGCCGUCGGCUUGCACCGCCGCUCCGGAGCCCAGCUGCGUCGUGUUCAGGCUCCUCUGCCCGGCGCCGAGGGCCGGCGGUGUCGCUUCGGGCUCGCGCGACCUCGCCGGCGCGAGAGUCCGCGUCCUCGAGGAGCCUCCUCCGGCUUCCUCGCGCGACGAUCGAGUGGUUCUCAUAUCCUCCGCCGAGUGCGCCACCGCCGGUUCGAACCUGACCGAACCGAGAGGCGGAAGCAAUCCGGUUCGGGAUUCUGAAUGGAGCGGAGGUUUCAGCGCGAGCGCGAAUGCGGGCGAGCGCGAGGAGCUGUCCCCAGCUCAGCGGGCUUUGGUUAGGGUUUUCGAGAAGAUAGUUUCGGUGGAACGGAACAGGGUGGAUGACGGCGCAUCGAGUGAUCCGAGCCACAAUUCGAGCCCUCGCGAGAGUGGAAGCGGCAGGGGUUUCGUGGCGUGUAGGAUGUUGGCGCGGAGUGAUCAGGUGGAUCGCCAAGUUCUUGAGAGAAUCGAGAGCAUUAGGCACGAGAGUGGGGCUUCCGUCACUGUAUUGCCCUUGGAUCAUCAUUCCUUUGCCUCUUCCAGAGACGAAUUGAUAGAGAUUACAGGAAAUUUCUCAGCCGUGAAGAGAGCACUCCUAUCUGUUUCAAGUUGUUUUCUGGAAAACCCUAGGGCUGAUUCAGCCAACUCGGGUGCCGCAGCCGCUAAAGCUUCCGGAGGUUUGCCUUCUUCAACUUCUUCUCAUAUGGAUCCUUUUCCUAAAGAGGGUCAUCCAUCUGGACGACAUGCCUCUGAUCAUCUAUCCAUGGGUUACCCUCCCUUUUCCGGGCCUGAGAUCAUCGGAGCCAACCGUAGGAUGGUGGUGGAAGAGGAGGUCAUAUUUAAGUUGCUAUGCCAGCGAGAAAAAGUUGGCAGUGUGAUUGGUAAAGGUGGCUCUGUAGUUCGUGCCAUGCAAAAUGAGACUGGCGCAUUUAUCAAAGUAGCUGAUGGUUCGCCAGAUUCAGAUGAGAAAGUCAUCAUAAUUUCCGCACGAGAGAACUCAGAGCAAAUACGUUCUGCUGCACAGGAUGCUGUCAUGCGUGUGCAUCACAGAAUUACUGAGAUUGGAUUUGAACCUGGAGUUGCAGUUAUUGCUAGGCUUCUCGUGCCUUCACAGCAGAUAGGUUUCUUGGUGGGUAAAGGAGGCUUUUUUAUCAAUGAAUUGAAGAGGGCUACUGGUGCCGGUAUACGAGUUUUUGUGAAAGAACAUUCUCCAAAGUUUGAUUCGCACUAUCACGAGGUUGUGCAGGUUGUGGGAAACUUGCAUUCUGUACAAGAUGCUCUGUUUCAUAUAACUGGCAGAAUUCAUGAGACCAUAUUCCCAAUGAAAUCCCCGCGUUCAAACUUUGUUGCCCCACCACACUUGCCUCCGUUCAACGAAAUGCCACCCCCAUUUUCCAGGCCGAGGCAUAACCCACAGUCUCCAGGCCGUUACCCACAUUCUCCAGGCCGUUAUCCACACCCUCAUGGAAUGGACCGUCCUAUCCCUCCCCCACCACCCUUUGAUUUGCAGCCUCCAUUUCCGCAUGGAUUGGACCGGAGCAUUCCGCAUCCUUAUGGGGGUGACAGACCAGCUUAUGGUCCUCCAUUUGAUAGACCACCUUCACCAAGAAUGUGGAAUCCACAAGGUUUCAGUGGCAGUCAUCCUAGGGGAAUGCCUGAUUUUGGUUCCGGUAGGGCUCCAGGAAGUUGGCCAUUUGGAAGUGGAAACCCAGGCCCCAUGUUGACGAGCACAUCGGUUGAGAUUGUGAUCCCGCAGAAUUUGUUAGGGCAUGUACAUGGAGAGGAUGAUAGCAAUCUGAAUCAGAUCAGACAGAUUUCAGGCGCGAUGGUGGACAUUCACGAUCAAAAGCAUGGGGCUUCUGAAGGCGUUGUAGUGGUGUCUGGAACAGCUGACCAAGUCCGAGCUGCUCAGAGCCUAGUCCAUGCUUUCAUUUUAUGUGGACAGACAUCCUGACUCCGUUCAGGUCGAGUUUGGCAGAAGCCAAGGAUACAUGUUAAAUGUCUAUGAAAUGGACCAGUUGCGAACCUCAAGCAAAUUGUAGAUACUGUUUAGUUUGGGAUUGUUGUCAUUGAUAGGGUGUUUACUGUUCUUGACGGAGAGGGCUAGUCUGUUUCUCCCUGUAGUUUAUCCGAAAACCAUAACAUAAAAGAUUCGGAAGAGGUGCCUUUGUUUGUCGAUGUAAAUGAAGGGCGGGACGUUUGGUUGUCGA